AUGGCGAGUGGCUCCUUCGCUCGCGACCAAGCGACAAGGAGACUGAGAGCUGCAGCAGCGGCAACGGCGGCGGCUCUAGCUGCGGUGGCGACCACCCCACUUCCUUCCUCGGGCCCCCCGACCGCACUCAUUGGGACCGGGUCGUCUUGUCCGGGAGCCAUGUGGCUCUCCACGGCCACUGGCUCCCGGUCAGACUCGGAGUCCGAUGAGGAGGACCUCCCCGUCGGGGACGAAGUCUGCAAGCGCGGCUACCUGCGGAAGCAGAAGCACGGGCACCGGCGCUACUUCGUGCUCAAACUCGAGACCGCCGACGCCCCGGCUCGGCUGGAAUACUACGAAAACGCCAGGAAGUUCCGGCACAGUGUCCGCGCCGCGGCCGCUGCGGCGGCGGCGGCGGCGUCCGGCGCCGCGGUCCCCGCGCUCAUCCCGCCGCGGCGCGUGAUCACCCUGUACCAGUGCUUCUCCGUGAGCCAGCGAGCCGACGCGAGGUACCGACACCUCAUCGCCCUCUUCACCCAGGACGAGUACUUCGCGAUGGUGGCCGAGAACGAGUCGGAGCAGGAGAGCUGGUACUUGCUGCUCAGCCGCCUCAUCCUCGAGAGCAAGCGCCGCCGCUGCGGCACGCCCGGCGCGCCGCCGGAUGGGGAGCCGGCCGCGCGGGGGGCUGCAGCGGCGGCGGAGCCACCCUUCUACAAGGAUGUGUGGCAGGUAAUAGUCAAACCCAGGGGGCUGGGGCACAGAAAAGAGCUGAGCGGCGUGUUCCGGCUCUGUCUUACCGACGAGGAGGUGGUGUUUGUGAGGCUGAAUACCGAGGUGGCCAGCGUGGUCGUCCAGCUCCUGAGCAUCCGUCGCUGCGGGCACUCGGAGCAGUAUUUCUUCUUGGAAGUCGGUAGGUCCACCGUCAUCGGUCCCGGCGAGCUGUGGAUGCAGGUCGAUGACUGUGUGGUGGCCCAAAACAUGCACGAGCUGUUUUUGGAGAAGAUGAGAGCCCUGUGUGCAGACGAAUACCGAGCCCGCUGCCGCAGCUACAGCAUCAGCGUCGGCGCCCACCUGUUAACCCUGCUGUCCACUAGGAGGCACCUGGACACGCUGCCGCGCGAGCCCGGCGGCUGGCUGAGAAGGUCCCGCUUUGAGCAGUUUUACCACCUCAGGGCCAUCGGUGACGGGGAAGAGGAGAUGCUCCUCACCAGGCGCUGCAUAACACCCAGCGAACCCGUGCCCCCCUCCAGGCGAGGAAGACUGCACCUGCCCAGAGCGCGCAGGUCCCGGAGAGCGAUUUCAGUGCCCGGCAGCUGUUUUCGCCGCCUCCCCCGCAGCCCGGUGUGUGUCCCGCCUGCCGCAGAAGUCCCGAACGACAGAGCUUGCCUGUCUCCGGGAGCUUCUGGCUCCGGCAGCUCUGGGGAAGAAGGCAGCCCUCGGGGCCCAGAGGGUCAGGAAGGAAACGGAGGUGACUACAUGCCCAUGAACAGAUGGGGCUCGGGAAAUGGCCGGGGUUCCGGAGGUGGCCAGGGCUCCAGUGGCCAAGGCUCCAGUAGCCAGGGUUCGAGAGGAAACCAGUGCUCGGGCGGGGGGCAGGGCUCCGGAGGAGGCGGCCAGGGCUCCAGCGGUGGCCAGGGGGCAGGAGGAAACCAGCGUGCCGGCGAUGGCCAGGGCACUGCAGGUGGGCACGGCUCGGGUGGUGGCCAGGGAGCCCGCGGCGGCGGACACGGCUCAGGCGGUGGGCGGGGAGCCGGAGAUGGCCAGGGCUCAGGCGGGGGCAAGAACCCUGGAGGGGGCAAAGGCUCAGGAAGUGGGAAAACCUCCGAGGGCAAUGGUGAGCGCGGAAAAUCUCUGAAGAAAAGGUCCUACUUUGGCAAAUUAACUCAAAGCAAGCAGCACAUGCCGCCGCCUCCACCGCCUCCGCCCCCACCGGCUGGAGCAACUGGUGGUAAAGGGAAGUCCGGGGGAAGGUUCCGACUCUAUUUUUGUGCUGACAGAGGAGCCCCAAAAGAACGCAAAGAGGCCAAGGAGGUCAAAGACUUAGAGACCCCAGAAGGGGCAGCGCGGGGUCCCCACAGAGCCAGAGCUUUGGACGAAGAUGAGGAUGACCCGUACGUGCCGAUGAGGCCAGGGGUGGCAGCCCCUCUCCCAAGCUCCAGUGAUUACAUGCCAAUGGCUCCCCAAAACUUCUCUGAUUCAAAAAAGCGCCACUCUCGGUCACCUUUUGAAGAUUCAAGAGGGUACAUGAUGAUGUUUCCCAGAGUGAGCCCACCACCUGCCCCAAGUCCCCCCAAAGAGCCGGAUCCUGAAAAGGAGGAGGAGUCAAAGGACAAUGAUAGCGAGAGUGACUAUAUGUUUAUGGCUCCUGGAGCCGGUGCAAUUCCAAAAAACCCCCCAAAUCCUCAGGGUGGCUCUUCCUCUAAAAGUUGGAGCUCCUACUUUUCCCUGCCAAAUCCUUUUCGGGGCUCCCCGUUGGGACAGAGUGACCACAGUGAGUAUGUACCAAUGUUACCUGGAAAAUUCCCCGGGAAGGGCCUAGACAAGGAAGCCUCAUCGAACGGGGGCCCCAAAGAUGCCCUUUCAAAGCCUUCAGUCGAGGCGUCAUUCUCGAAGCGUGGAGAUGGGGGGUCACCCUCAAAGCCUUCAGAUGAUGGGCCCCCCAAGAACAAGGCUAAGAGACCUAACCGCCUCUCUUUUAUCACAAAAGGGAAUAAAAUCAAGCCAAAAUCACAAAAGCCCACACGUGAACAGAGAGGAGCUGACAGCUCUCGUGACUACGUCAACAUUGACUUCACCAAGAGAGCGAGCAAUGUACCAGCCCCCUUUAUCCACGGACUGCCAGGUUCGUGGGGCAUCAUUGCUGGCCCCAGACCGACAGCCUUUUCUAACUAUGUGAAUGUGGACUUCGGACUGCCAUUUCCAAACCCAGCACACAGGCUCUCGAAUCUUUUAAGAGCCAUUCCAGGUGCCAACCCCCUCUUUCUGGAAGGUGCUAGGUGGCCACUUGCGACUCUUCCUCCCAGCGCUACAGGUGGUAGUGCGAAUGAGGAAGAGGGCGACUACAUUGAAGUGAUUUUCAAUCCAGCAAUGACACCGGCCGUGCCUUUUGGUGACAGUGCCAUUCGCUAUGAUGCUGAAACAGGUCGCAUCUAUGUGGUCGACCCGUUUUCUGAGUGCUGUAUGGACAUUUCUCUCUCCCCCAGCCGCUGUUCCGAGCCACCGCCUGUAGCUAGGCUGCUGCAGGAAGAACAGCAACUAGAGCGAAGACGCCCGCAAAGCCGUUCGCAAAGUUUCUCUGGGGCCGCCAGGGCCGCCGUCUCGGCUUUCCCAACGGACAGCCUCGAGAGAGACCUCUCGGCCUCCUUUGCCUCGGCCGCCGCCGCGUCGGCAGCUGUGCCAGCCUUAGCCUUGAGUCGGGCGUUAGCCGCCGCCUCGGCCCUGGCCGUGGCCCCGGGCAUCGGGGCAGCAGCGCGGGGCUUGGAGGCCGCCGCUCGGUUUGACUCCGCCUCCGUCCGCUGGUUCCAACCUGUUGCUGGCGCCGCUGCGGCCGCCGAAGCGGCCAGGGGGCCCCAAAAUGUUGCCGGUGGCUCGAGUCCGAGAGACCCCAACCCGUCGGCAGACCUAGCCGGAGGUGAGAACCGGGCCGCCGCGGCCGCCCCCCUCCCACCGCCUCGCCGCCCGGUGCCGAGUCCCCCGGAGCGAGAGGAGCCUGACGACGAAGACGACGACACCUACGUGAGAAUGGACUUUGCCAGACCUGACAAGAAGUUCGGCUCUCCCCGCAGAGAGUGAUUACAUUGUCACAAAAACACACUUUGGAAGAAAAGUGAUGCUUAUGGAGUUUCAUCUUUGUCCACUCCAGAUCUGCCUAAAAGAAAGAAAAUUCAGAGGCUUCUGAAUAGAAAACAGCCUGAAUUUCUAAAAGCUGACAAACGGAUGCUGGCAGGUGAAUGAUCCUAACAUAGAUCAUUCCUCCUGCUGCCUUAUGGAUCAAGUAAUUGUGCAUUAAGAAAUUCUCACUGUACUUUGCUUUUAUUUUCUGGUCCCCCCCCUCCCCACCAGUCUCUUUGAAAGGAAACAUAUGCUAUAAUCAACACCCAUUUCACCGAUGUAUAACACUUAGGUUUAGUUUGGAAGCUGAAAAUCCUUUACACAAGAGCAGAAAAAGAAAAAAAAAAGUUACGUUUAUGAGAAGGUAGGUAUGAUCUGGAAUCUUUUUCUUCUGAGUAGUACAUACAUAAAACAUUUCUUGAUCCAAGGAGUUAAAUGUCAACUGAACUGAUAUCUUGAUGGGACAUAUUCAGUAUCUUAAAGACAGGACCAAAGGACAGAUUACCGCAGUUUUUGCUCAUGAACAAAACUGCAACCUUCUGUCCACAUUAAAUGUCAACUGAACUUAUAUCUUGAAUGAGCAUUUUCAACAUUUUAAAGGCAGAACUGAGGAACAGAUUAUUUGUUCAUAUACAGUUCUGUGGUGUUCUGCCUGCCAAUCAAUUGAGCAUCUCCAAAACCAUUUUUUUUUUUUUAUUUUGAAACCUACAUUUUCCCCCUUUAAAGAAGCAAAGUUAUUCAAAGUCUCCUCACGAAGCCCCUCUCUGCCUCUCUGGGCCUCCCGCCCCCCCCCCACCAACCCCCCAUUCUUCCUCUCUCUCUGGCUCUCUGCUGGACACACACUCUCCCUCCCAUGCCCAGGGCUCCUAUAAAGAGAUCAGUUUCCCAUAUUCAAGAAAUUAGUGUAUAUGCAUCAAUGAGUAUUCUGAAACUUAAGCCAAAAGGAACCUCUUAUAAGGUCUUGUUUUCCUUAUGGAUAAUGAGCCUAUAUAAGAUGUAUAAAAAAAAAAAUCAGAGCAAGCUUCCUCCUCCUGUUUUUGCUUGCCUCUGAUGGAAACUGAAGUAAGAUUUUAGGAACCUGGACCUUUGAGAACAUGACACUAACAGGUGGUGAUCACAGAGGAUCGGUACAAAGGUCUUGAAGCUUGCUUAGAGCUUUGUCCCGUGAUGGCACACACACUGCGGCUCGUGCCAUGGCUGGCAAACCUCAUCAUACACAGAUGGGCGUGAGUGUAGAAGUGUGUGAGUGCUAGUGCGUGUGUGCGCGUGCAUAAUUGUGUGCGUGCGCGCCUCUGUGUACAUGUGACUGUAGGUGUACCUGUGUGUGUAACUCUGUUAAAAAAAAAAACUGCUUCGCAUUUAAUGUGCAACUUUGAAGUCGUGUACUAUUCACCUGAAGUUUCUCGCCGCUCGGUUUUGAUGUCUUUGAACGUGUACUUCUAUGUUCAAGCAGGCUUUAUAGUACAUGUUGCUAAACUAACUUUUCCGAAGAGCCGAGUUGACGUCUUUUUUUUAUUCCUUGCCUACCAACCAAAGGGAUGGAGGGGGCUCUUUUUUUCCCUUGUGAAUGGGGCCAGGGAGAGGAUGUAACCGCGGUCCCAGUCACUCCUUCGGUGACUGGUGGCCGCGAGGGCAGUAGGUUUCGUCAGUUCCUUCAGACUCUUCUCUUUUCCCAACCUAAUCAAAUAGUGCAGUAUGGCUUUUGUUCAAUAUGGUAACAGUGCACUCUAUAGGCAGCCUUUCUUCAAGUCUUUUAUUUUCAAGUAAGUUUUUAUUUUUAUUUUCAAGUAAGUUUUAAGUCACAAUCGUUCAGAAUUGUGGAAAGCAAAGAUGAUUUGGGGGAAAAAUGCUCUAUUGCUUUAUUUGUAUAUUAGGUUCAGGGGCUGCCAGCGACAGGGUAGAGCACAGGUGUAACACUUGCUGAAUAAAUGGGUGGGAAACCUGCUCUACAACAGUACAAACACAGAGUCACAGGGACGGCCUGACAAAUAUGCGGUCUUUCUGACACUACUUCUUAGUUUACAGACACAACUAAUUUAUUCAGUAUUGUGCUGGAAGAAUCCUUUUAGCAUAUGUGUACCAACAUAUCACUUACCUUCCAGCUACCGGUUUAUGCUGCUGAUAAGAAAAACUAGUGAUGGAACGAUUAUUAUUAUUAUUUCUUUUUUUCUUUUCUUUUCUUUCUUUCUUUCUUUUUUUUUUUUUUUUUUUUUUUUUUUUUGGUGACCUCUACAUUUAAUUUGGUAUCAGACAUAGUCACUUGGUCAGUAAAAACAAAAACGUUACAGUUCCAGUGGUUCAUUACAUUUGCUCUUUCUGCUUCACAGAUCUGCUUUGAGUUGCUCUGGCUUUGUCUUCCUUUGUAAAUACUCUUAUACUCUCAUUUCUUUGUAAACAUCUCAUUUGCAGUUUUGGGAGACAACCUUGCAACUUUGUAUAGUGUUUAUAUAUAUAUCUGACUUGCCUUUCCAUAGAGCUACUCGCAAUAAAUGUGU